AUGGCCCGGCUUGCUCUAGAGGUCGUAGUGCGACCUGUGAAAUCGCAGCAGCAGCUAGAGGAGUUUAAGAGCGUCACCGCCGCUUACCUAGGAUUGCUGGGAGAAGACAUUGGGUUCCUGGGGGACAUUGAGCGCGAGCUGGCGAGCCUGCCUGGCAGCUAUGCCGCCGAGGCGGGGGGCAGCAUGCUGCUGGCGUAUGCGGCGAGCGGCAGCGGCGAGGAAUGCAUCGGCGCCGUGGCGCUACGGCGCCUGGCCGGGCACACGCCCACGCUGGGCGAGGGCGACGCGGUGGCGGGCGUGCCGCUGGCAGAGGUGUGCGAGAUGAAGCGGCUGUUUGUGCUGGAGGGGCACCGCGGGUUUGGUGCUGGCGCGGCGCUGGUGCGGGCCCUGCUAGCAGCGGCGCCACUCCUGGGCUACCGCCUUAUGGUGCUGGACACGCUUGAGCGGAUGUCGUGCGCCAUUCGCUUGUACGGCAGGCUGGGAUUCCAGCCCUGCGAGCGCUACAACGACUGCCCGGUGCCGGACGUGCUGUACUUUGCUUUGCAGCUGGGGACAGCCACGUGA